AUGCAUAAACUGAAUAAUCAUUUUUACUGUGAUGAUUGUAAAGCCCACACAAAAAAUCAAGUAAGAAAAUCUAUGGAUAUGUCCAUGUCUAAUACACAUGAGCCCAAGGAAACCAAGGAUGAUUGUGAUGGAGUCCUAUUGGAAUGCAUAAAUGAACUUAGGAGGGAAAUACGUGAUCUCAGAAAUGAUCUAAAAUUCUAUGCUGAACAGUAUGAAGUUCAAAAAGAGAAAAAUAGUAUGUUUAGCAAGGAAAUCCUGGCACUAAAAAAAGUGAAUGAGGACAUGAGUCGAGAACUAGUUAAACUUAAAGGUCAAUCCAUAGUCAAGGAUAUUGAAAAUAGAGCCAAUAAUAUUGUCAUUAUUGGCAUUAAAAGUAGUCUGGAUGAAAUUAGAAAUGGACCAAGAGAAGUUGAAAUAAGGGCUGAAAAAGUUCUAAAGUAUGUUGAUCCUACACUAAAAUCUGAAGAUGUUAAAUUGAAAAUUCUAUCUCCAACUAAAGACAACACCCCAAUAUUGGCAAUAUUUCGGUCAGUUGAUGUAAAGCAUCAAGUUAUGCAGAAGAGAAAACAAAUUGGAAAAAUUGUCAGCAACAAAUGUAACAUGACCGGAUCGCACCUUAUAUAUCUAAAUGAUGAUAUGCCCAAGGAAACCAAAGAGUUGUUUAUGUCAGCUAGAACUCUCAAUGGACAUGGGUUUAAAUUUAUCUGGGCUAAGGAUGGAAAAAUAUUUGUGAGGAAGAAAGAGAAUGAUCCAGUUUUAAGAAUCAAUAGCAUGGAAGAUAUUGAGAAAAUAAAGCAAGGCGAUUGA